GCCCAGCGCGGCGGCGGGGGACGCGCGCGUGGCUCUUUUCUUUUUUUUUUUUUCUUUCCAAUUUUUAAAACUCCUUUGUGUGACGCGCAGUGGGACGGUAGAGUUGGGUUCGAGUCAGGGUCCGUUCCCCAGAGCUCUCCAUAACUGUUCUCGUGACUGGGGCCGUGCUGUCACACAGCAGUUCAAGUCCAGCGACCACAACUCGAUAUAGGGAGGUGCUCCAUCCCUGCCCCCAACCCUUUCAGCGCCCACCUAGUCCCCAUCAGCACAGAAGGGGUUUGGGCGGUUGGCUCCCUAUUUUGGGGCAAUUUGAGGUUCAUGGGGAGAAAGGGGGGAGAGCUGGGGGCAGGCUGAGCAUUGUGCCCUCCUGUGUGGCUCUGUCACCCCAAAGCUGCUCACUGCAGGACCCCCCCCUGUGUGCUACUGCUGCUGGGCAAUGGAGAAGGACCCUGCACUGCGGCUCCGUGUCUUCGACCUCAACUGCUGGGCCAUUCGUUACCUGAGCAAGCAGCGGCAGGAGCGCAUCCGCCUCAUCGGGGACCGGCUGUGCCAGGAGGGCUUCGACCUGGUCCUGCUGCAGGAGAUAUGGAGCGAGCGUGACUACAGCGACCUGAAGGCAAAGCUGGGUGGUUGCUGCCCCUUCUCCCAUUAUUUCCGAAGCGGUGUCAUCGGCAGUGGCCUCUGUGUCUUCUCCAAGUUCCCCAUCCUGGACACUCUGCUCUACCAAUACUCGCUCAAUGGUUAUCCUUAUAUGCUGCAGCAUGGAGACUGGUUCUGUGGCAAGUCUGUGGGUCUCGUCGUUGUCAGGAUUGCUGAGAUCACCUUCAACAUCUAUGUCACCCACCUGCAUGCUGAGUACAGUCGGGAGAAGGACGCCUACCUGCCCCACCGCGUGGUGCAAGCUUGGGAACUGGCACAGUUCAUCUGCCACACAGCGAAGGCAGCCGACGUGGUGCUGCUGGGGGGAGACCUCAAUAUGCACCCUGGAGACGUGGGUGUCCGGCUUCUACGUGGCUGGACAGGACUGCAUGAUGCCUUCACGGAGGCGAAGCACUUCGAGGGCUGCGAGGAUGGCUGCACCCUCAUUCCAAAUAACUGCUUCACUGUCAAGUCAGAGCUGCAGCCCUUCCCGCUGGGCAUCCGCAUCGACUACAUCCUCUACAAGGCUGUCUCCAGCUUCACAGUGAAGUGCGAAGAGCUGAGGACCACCACAGGGACAGUCCCAGGAAUGGACAUCCCUUAUUCAGACCAUGAGGCUGUGAUGGCAAUGCUGUGCAUCCAGAGGAGGGGACGGGCAGCGGGUGCCACCAUUGGCACAGCCAUGCCGGCGUUGGUGGAGGUGCUGAGUGAGGCACGGACAGAGGUGUGCAUGGGGCUGCUGGCAGCACGGCAGCAGCGUUAUUCCUCAGGCAGGAUGGCAGUGCUGGCCAUGCUGCUGCUGCUACUACAGGCGGUGGGAGUGCUGGGUGUGCUGGGAGGGCUGGUGGCUGGGAAGCCAUUCCCUACUCUCUCCUUCUCCCUGCUGGCCUUCCUUGCUCUUGCCAUCCUCCUCCUUGCUGCUGGCCUCCACCUCUUCCACAGCAUUGAGGUGAAGAUGCUGCAGGGCACCAAGGAGCAGAUGGAGAUGGCGAUGCGGGGGCUGCAGGAACAGCCUCUCCACCGCCACUGACCUGGCCCCAUCCUGACCCCUUUUUUACCGGAAGAAAAUAAAAGAGGUGUUUUAACCCUU